GAAAUAAAGAAAAAAGAGAGAGAGAGAGAGAGAGGGAGUGAGUGAAAGAGAGAGAGAGAGAGAGAGAGAGAGAAGAGAGAACGAGCAAGAGAGAGAAAGAGAGAGGAAGAGAUAGAUAGAUAAAUCGUGCGAAGAAGAUUCGAGGUAAAACUUCCUCCUGGGAAUGUUGAAGGACUCGCUUGUCGUUCGAGCAUCCUGCCAAGAGGGUUCCGGAUAUUUAAAACGUGCGAACAACGAUCGCCUCUAUGAAAUCUUUAACCAGUAUGCCACGCAGGAGAAGAAUGGCGAGAGGUUUAUGACCUCAUCCGAUUUUGUACGCAGUUAUCUUGGUCUUUACACGGAUGUUGACUAUAAUCCUGACUCCGUCAAUUUGCUCGCUGGAAUCGUCGAUACUAGCAAAGAUGGACUCAUAUCCUUCACCGAGUUUCAAGCAUUUGAAGGCCUACUUUGCGUCCCGGAUGCGCUAUAUAAAACAGCAUUUCAAUUGUUUGAUACUAAUGGAAAUGGAAUGGUUGCAUUUGACGAGUUCGCUGAGGUGAUGCGUAAGACAGUGUUACAUCAAAAGAUGCCAUUUAAUAUGGAUAGCAGUUUCAUUAAACUUUAUUUCGGAAAAGAUAAGAGCAGGCUCAUUAGUUAUGCAGAAUUCAGUCAAUUCCUACACGACUUUCACGAGGAAUAUGCCACGGAAGCAUUCAAAAAAUUCGAUAAAGAUGGCACGGGUUUUAUUACGGCAGUAGAUUUUCAAGAUAUCAUGCUCAGUAUUAAAAGCCAUUUACUGACAAAGGACGUGAAGGAUAACUUGAUAGCUGCAAUCAGUACGGGACAAAGUGGACGAAAAGUAAGCUUCCCAUAUUUUAUGGCGUUCAAUUCGCUUCUCAAUAACAUGGAACUUAUAAAACGUAUUUACCUGAACGCGACCAAUGGCCAUAGAUAUCAAGAAGUUAGCAAAGAGGAAUUUCUUCAUUCUGCACAAAUGAUGUCACAAAUAACUCCACUCGAGGUGGACAUCCUUUUUCACCUAUGCCAUUUACUCCAUCACACUGGAACUACGGAAGAUGACGAGGCAGAUUCGCGGUUUGGGAAAAUUGUAUACAAUGAUCUCGUGGCUAUUACCCCUGAGCAGUAUUUCAAGCAAAUAACAAAACGUCUCGCUGAGAUUAAGGCGGUGUCGAGCCCGGAGGAGCGUGGCGUUGUCGUUCAAAUUCUUGAGAGUGGAUACCGAUUUGUACUCGGAUCUAUCGGCGGAGCUGUUGGUGCUACCGUGGUGUAUCCCAUCGACCUAGUGAAAACACGAUUGCAGAAUCAAAGGACUGGAUCUUUCAUUGGGGAACUGAUGUACCGAAACAGCUUCGAUUGUUUGCGAAAGGUCAUGCGACACGAAGGCUUUUUUGGCCUUUAUCGUGGCUUAUUACCCCAAUUAAUGGGCGUAGCGCCGGAGAAAGCGAUCAAGCUUACGGUUAAUGAUUUUGUAAGAGAUAAGUUUAUGGACAAAAAUGGAUAUUUACCGCUUUAUGGUGAAAUUAUAUCUGGUGCUUGCGCUGGAGGAUCUCAGGUCAUUUUCACGAAUCCUUUGGAGAUCGUGAAAAUCAGAUUACAGGUUGCUGGAGAAAUUGCUGGAGGUACGAAAGUUCGAGCAUGGACCGUGGUUAAAGAAUUAGGUCUAUUUGGAUUAUAUAAAGGUGCUAAGGCAUGCUUUUUACGAGACGUACCGUUUAGUGCAAUUUACUUUCCUAUGUAUGCUCAUACAAAAGCUAAAUUGGCCGAUGAAGGAGGAUACAAUACUCCGUUAUCUCUUCUAUUUUCUGGUGCAAUCGCUGGUGUACCUGCGGCAGCGCUGGUCACUCCUGCAGAUGUAAUAAAAACUAGAUUACAGGUCGUUGCUAGAGCAGGUCAAACGACGUACACCGGUUUACUCGAUUGUGCCAGAAAAGUUUAUAAAGAAGAAGGUGCCAGAGCAUUCUGGAAAGGAGCUUCAGGACCUGGCCACUUACUUCUCACACGAGUAUUCAGAUCCUCUCCGCAAUUUGGUGUCACACUCUUCACGUACGAGUUGCUGCAAAGGUUGUUUGUAGUUGACUUUGGAGGAUCUCGACCAACAGGGUCAGAACAAAGGGUGCCCGCUACAGGAUUAGUAGAUGAAAUACGAUCAACAAAUCCAGAUCACAUAGGUGGCUACCAAAUAGCUUUACCUAUCUUUACGGGUAUAGAGAGCAAGUUUGGUCUAUGUCUACCCAAGUUCCAAACAGUGACUAUUCAACAUAAACGGCAAGCCAAAGGGCAGUAACACCAUUAGCUAGAAGAUAAGCUUGUAGCAAACCCUGCCAUAAUAGCAUACAAGUAUCAUUGGCUGAUUGCUCCAUCUAAUUCCAAGAUUGCGAAGAAAAAAAGAUACAACAUUCGAUGAUAAAAUUUAUCUUGUUCUUCUUCAUCAACAGUGAUAUGAUCAUUACAUGCUAACUCUAUUCCGUGACUAUUUGUGGUCAAUAUAAAAUGGAACAUUAAGUAAAUCGUCAAAUACACUAUAUAGGCUUAAAAUUAAUAAGUCUAAACAAUAUGUAGGAUCCAUAGACUAAUUAUCUAAUAACAUUGGCAGUACGUAGAAUAGCUAUAGCCUAUGCCAGAUAGCCAUGUAUCGAGCUAUAUGAUAAUGCUGAAAGUAUCUAUUUUUAUUUAUUUUAAUAUUGCUUAUAUACUUGUUAUACAUGUAUGUAUAUAUAUAUAUAUAUAUAUAUAUAUAUAUAUAUAUAUACACAAAUAUUUAGUCAAUUUUUAUUUUCAUUUUUUAUGAUAUAAAUUGUUACUUAACAAUUUUAUUUAAGAAAAUAUUUGGCAUCCACGACUAUUCAGUGUUAUCAAAAAAUCUCUAAACAAUUGGAAAGGCUUUUAUUUUAUAUACGUUUGCACAAUAAGAUAAUCAAAUAUGAAUACAUAAUAUAAAAAGGUAGUUUCAUAAUAUGAUAUAAUGAUCGAAAGAAAACAUAAUAAUCUUAUCUACGUAUUAUUCAAUGUCAGAACACUAAUGUUAUUUCAUUUUCUUGAAGUGACAUUCGUGAAUUCCAUUCAUAAAAUGUAGAUAUAUGUCGAAAAAAUGAACGUUCAUAUUUAUUCUAUCUUUCACCGUACUUACAUAACUUGACAAUUGCAACACUGAUAAUUGGAAUGAUUAAAAGUCUAUAUAAAAAAAAAAAAAAAAAUAAAAAAAAAUUAUAUCUAUUUAAUAAACGAAUACAAUUUUGUAUCGUAUCAUUAAGAAAUUUUGAUCUUUUUCGUUUAUAAUGAAUAUAUAAAAUAUUAUAUUUGAAAGUAGAUCGAAUGAUAUUGUUUGAAAAUAGCAUUCUACUUGUAGCUCUUCUCUCUUCUAGUCGUCAUUGCCGUUUUUAACUUGACUUAUACAUGGAUAUAUAUAUAUAUAUAUUUUAGUCUAUGGAUCCUAUGUCUGUGAUGAUUCUAUUCGUUCAAAAAAUAUUGAACAAAAUACAGAAUUGUUUCGAUCGGAAAAUACAAAUAUAAAAUGAUGCACGAAAUUUCGAUGCUUCGUAUGAUUAAUUUGUAAGAAUAGUUUCUAUACGAAAGCUUUAUAAAAAGAAAAAAAAAAAAAAAAAGAAACCACACACGUUAUGUCAUACGGUAUCAUUAUAUAUCGAACUCUUUUAAUCGUAUUUCAAUUUUUUGCACGCUUCGGACUGAUUUUUAUAGUACGAUCGCAUCAUAGGAUGGAGCGAUAAAUAUUAUUACGAACAAUAUAAAGUAACUGAAAAUAUCUGAUCCAUAAAACACGACACACAGCCAAUCUUCUUUGCAUUUCAUACGUAAAUACGUUUAAUUAAUUAUGUUAUAUA